CCCUGAAUUCAGGCCUUUUGAAGAUGGACAAAGGUAUAUAACGAAUCGCUUCCAUGAGAUCUUCAGCUCAGCUGCUCAUACCAGUUCUUCGAACAAAGCAAAGUGAUCCCAUAUCUACUAUAGUACCUAGUCCCUUGUGUUGCACUCUUCCGACUUCGUAUCCCCCUUGUCUGAGAGCAAACAAAAUGACUAAUCACGUGUACCAUGUAAUAAAUUGUAUCCUUAUGAUUGCAUCAGCUUUCAAGCCUCCACAGGCUUCACUCUUAGAUUCGGACAUUCCAGCCAUCGUUGGUCCACAGUACUGCUUCCCACAGCAGGUCCAUCUCACCGUUGCCAGCCACAUCUUAGAGUUCAACAACGGCAACUUCGUCAUCACUGAUGAUAAUGGCAACACUCUUUUCAAGCUCGACGACAAGAGGAUCCAUCUCAGAGACAGGACUGUUUUGCGCGAUGCCUCUGACUCCCCUGUCCUCAGCUUCCGCAAGAAGUCCAUCACGCUGCACGACACCUACCAAGUGUAUCGUGGAGAGAGCGGCGACGAUCUCUUCACCCUCAAAGAUAAGCAUAUGAUAGAUCACCAUGAGCAAACAUAUGAGAUUCAACUUCAGGCAGACUACGAGCCCACUUUCGAAGUGAAGGGUGAUUUUGCUCGCCGCAAUUACCAAAUUAUCUUUCAGGGAACAGAAAUCGUUGCAGAGGUGACCAAAAAGCACCACUUCUCGGCCAAAUCUCUCACUUUUGGAAAGAACAAAUACAACGUUGUCGUCAACCCCAAUGUGGACCAGGCAUUCGUUGCUGCCGUCGUGACAAUCAUGGAUGCCAUUUACGAGGACAACAACGAGAUGUGAGAGGAAGAAAGUACCCAACGCGUGAUGGACACUGGUUAGAUAGUCCGAAAUGCAGUAACUGUCGAUCAUGUCGUCUAAAUAGCUACUGCACGUGUAGCUCUCGACCGGAUUUGAUCUCAACAGUGAUGUGUAUUGCUGUCUACCAGUGCCUUCUGCCUAGUACUUACAUAUCUGGAGAGAAACUCGGCCAUCACAGUACAUCAGCGGUUGCUGAUUGUAAGGUGGAGUGGAGUUGAAUGGAGUGGUGUUAAGAAGCAACGAUGUGUCAUCGAAUUUUGAUAUACUUCAAUCCAAUUUUCAUUUCAAGCGC